AUGCAGUGUAAGACGGAGUUCCCCUCCUCAUCGGUUGUGCGUGUCACCACCAAUGCCAUGGUGAUACUCCCUGGACCACAUUUCGCCGGCGCCACUGUCAUCCGACUCAUCUCGCAGUACCCAUACGCUCGGGAUGUGCAAUUGUGCGUCGGUUCCACUCUCUCCCAUCACCUCGGUCUCCGACACUGCGCCCGUUCACACGCACACAGACUUGUGGACUUGCAUGUACCUUCCAUGUCAGCAACUCGAAAUCGUACAAAUAAGCGCACUGAGGUGAUGCAGGAGAAGGCGAUGCAACGUAGCCCACCCUCACAUCAAGUAGGACGGCUUCAUAAGGGACGGUAG